UGAAAUACGAAAGGAGGUUCGGUCCUGUUGGUGUCUAGGCGCGGAGGUGGCGGCUGCGGCUGUGAUUUAUAUAAAAUGGAGUUGUGAUUAGAGAGAGAAAAUGGGGCAGGCAGCUAGGCAUACAUAAUAGGAAGAAGAAGAAGAGGCGAGGCAGUACGUAGAGAGAGGUCUCUUCCUCUCUCUCUGUCCAACUUGCGGCCAUGGCAUGGCAUGAUGGACGAGCACCACGAAGCCAGCCGGCCGCCCCGUCCCACGCGCUCCUGUGCCAAUAAAAACCUAAAAUCACCCACCUGCCGCCAUUUCAUUUCAUUUUAUUUCAUUUAUAGUGAGAGAGAGAUUCUUCAAUUUUUCCAAUCCUCUUCAAUCAGUCUCAGUUGAUUUUGAGAGAGAGACCAUGGGAGGCUGCCAGUCGUCGAGCUGCUUCACUAUAACCCACCCUUCGGACGAGGAUGAUAGAGAAAAGGAAAAGGAGAAGGAGGUGGAGCGCCAGGAGAUUGAGGAUGCCCCCCUUCGAUAUUCGGAGGUCGGGGGUAUCCCAGCUUUUGCUGAGUUUUCUCUCUCUGAUUUGAGGGCUGCAGCCAGCAAUUUCUCUCCGGAAUUCAUUGUGUCCGAAGGUGGCGAGAAGGCCCCGAACCUGGUGUACAAGGGCCGCCUCCCCGACAAGCGAUGGAUUGCAAUCAAGAAGUUCACCAGAAUGGCUUGGCCUGAUGCCAAACAGUUUGCAGAUGAAGCUUGGGGAGUGGGAAAAUUGCGGCAUCCGAGGCUUGCAAAUCUUAUUGGGUAUUGUUGUGAUGGGGAUGAGAGGCUUCUGGUUGCUGAGUACAUGCCCAAUGAGACACUAGCCAGGCAUCUCUUUCACUGGGAAAAGCAAACAAUUGAGUGGGCUAUGCGGCUAAGAGUUGCCCUUUAUAUAUCUGAAGCUUUAGAGUACUGUAGUAAUGAAGGAAGGCCCCUGUAUCAUGACUUGAAUGCUUAUAGGGUUCUCUUUGACCAGGAUGGUGAUCCCCGCCUAUCAUGUUUUGGCCUAAUGAAAAAUAGUAGGGAUGGAAAAAGUUACAGUACAAAUCUGGCAUAUACACCUCCAGAGUUUAUGAGAACUGGAAGAGUCACCAAAGAGAGUGUAAUUUACAGUUAUGGUACAGUUCUCUUGGAUCUUCUUAGUGGGAAACAUAUCCCUCCAAGCCAUGCUCUUGAUGUUAUUAGGGGAAAGAAUACUUUACUUCUAAUGGACUCACACUUGGAGGGGAAAUUUUCACCAGAAGAAGGGACUGAAGUUGUCCACCUUGCUUCUCGUUGUCUGCAAUAUGAACCUAAGGAGAGGCCGAAUGCAGCUGAGCUUGUUGCAGCAUUGACACCAUUACAGACAAAAAGAGAUGUGCCAUCUUAUUUGCUACUUGGCAUUAAGAAACAGGAAGAGGCUCCUCCCUCUCCCCAACGUCCUCUUUCACCCUUAGGUGAUGCUUGUUCAAGAAUGGACCUUACAGCCAUGCAUCAGAUAUUGGUGAUGACCCAUUAUAAGGAUGAUGAGGGAACCAACGAGCUAUCCUUUCAAGAAUGGACCCAGCAAAUGAGAGACAUGCUUGAAGCUAGAAAGCGUGGUGACAUUGCAUUCCGUGAUAAAGAUUUUAAAAUGGCCAUUGACUGCUAUUCGCAGUUCAUAGAUGUGGGGACUAUGGUCUCCCCCACUGUUUAUGCAAGGCGUAGUCUCUCUCAUCUCCUUUGUGACCAGCCUGAUGCUGCCCUUAGGGACGCGAUGCAAGCACAAUGUGUCCAUCCCGAAUGGCCGACGGCUUUCUACAUGCAGGCUGCUGCCCUCACUAAGCUCGAUAUGCACAACGAUGCUGCCGACAUGUUAAAAGAAGCUGCCGCACUAGAGGAGAAGAGGCAGAGAGGAAGAGGAUCCUAAUGUGUACUCCGAAUCUGGUAGCAAGAAGAAUGGGCAGUUCAUUUGGCAACCCCGCGCCCCGGGCGCCCCCAGAUUGAGUCAGAUAUUGGUGAACGAAGGGAUGCUGUUUCGACAUGUAACAUAGUGCUGCUUUAUUUGGAUGGGUCCUAGUCCAAAUUGGAUUAUUUUAUUGAGUUUGUGGUUGUGCUCAUUCCUUGUAUAAGCCUUGUAAUGUGGUUUAUUUUGUUGUAUGUUUGGCAGGUUGAUACUAACGAAUAAAAUGGUCGUGGUGUUUCUAAAUAUUAAAUGUAUAACGUUCCUCCUGGUGUCAAUAGAGACUCGAGCUGAAUUAUGUAUUGGUCAUGGGAGCAUGAUAGGGAAAUCUUUUCAAUGGACAAACACUGAAUGUUUAGUCGGUUA